AUGAAAAGAAUAAUCUUAUUCUUUUUAAUUAUAUGGGCAAUAAAUAUUAAGAGAUAUAUAAAUUAUAAUAUAAAAAUAAAAUUAAAGACGUUUACUAAUAAAAUAUUUAUGUCCGGAAGAGUACAAUUAAAAUCAACAAAAUUACAACAUAGGAAAAGGCCAAGGAAAAGAAAAAAAUCUAGCAUAUAUCCAACUCCUGUGUUAUAUCAUCCUAGACAAAGAGAUUAUUUUAAUCUUCAGGGUGAAUAUACAUGUCUUCCGAGUGAAGAUAUCUUAAAUUUAUUAUCACAAAACAAACUAUAUUUAUUAAUACAAAGUAUAAGAAAUAAAAAUAAUGAUGCUAUAAAUAAAAUAUUAUAUAAAGAUGUGAAUAAUAUAUAUAUAGAUAAAAAUCAUAUAUAUUAUGAUGAUAAAAAUGUACAAGCAAAAGAAAAUGGAAAUAUAAAAACAGAAACACAAAAAGGAACACAAAAAGGAACACAAAAAGGAACACAUAAUAGUAGAGAUAUUAAUCAUUUAUAUGACCGUGAAAAAAAAACUUGCAGAAAUUUUAUAAAAUUUUCUAAUUUUAAUAAGUAUUAUAAUGAAAAGAAUAAUUAUACAAAUGAAGAUAUUAUUAACAUAGAUAAUGAUGAUAAUAAUAAUAAUGAUAAUAAUAAUAAUAAUAAUAAUGAUAAUGAUAAUAAUAACAAUAAUAAUGAUAAUAAUAACAAUAAUAAUGAUAAUAAUAACAAUAAUGAAGAACAAGAAAAAGGUAAAGACAACACCUUUGUUGAUAUAAAUAAUAUUUAUUUUUAUUUCAAAAAAGUUAACAUCACUAAUAUAAAUAAAGAUAAUAUAAAUGAUGAUAUAUAUAAAGAGUUAUUACAACUAAAAAAAAUAUCGUUACAAAAUCAAGAUGAGAUAGGUUAUAAUAUAUAUAAAUAUUUUUUAAAUAUUAUUACUAAUGUAGAAAGAGAAAAAUAUAUGGACGACUUUUUUUUAGUUAAAUAUAUUAAUAAUAUAUGGAUAAAUAAAAAUGUACAUAAAUAUUUUUAUUUCUUAAAUUCUUUAUAUGAUCGUAUGAGGAAAAUUUCUUAUAAAUUAUUUUCUUUAAAUUAUAAUAUUGAUAUUAUUGGUCAUGAUGAAGAAAAAAAUAAAAUGAUGUAUUUCCAAAGACAUGAAUUAUUUGACAAAAUUAUAAAAAAAACGAAAUAUAUACCAAACUAUAUUUUAAAACAUAAUUAUAUAUAUUCCAAUAAUAUUUUUAAUCUAUAUAAAUAUGAUAUAAAUACAAAUUCUUAUAUAAAUAAUUUUGAUCAUACAUAUAAAGAAGUAUCCAUUGAUGACUUUUUACAUAGCGAAAGAAAAAAAAAUCUUAAUAUUUUCUAUGACAAAGAAAAGUUCCAACCUUUCUAUGAAUAUGCUCAACAAUAUGAUAAAAAUAAUCAAAUGAAAUAUAUAAUGACUGUUGUUUAUGGAAAGGAUAGGGAACAAAAGAUUUCGAAUGAACAAACCUCUGUGCAGCAACGAAUAAAUUAUCAUCAAGGGGAUCAUAAAAUAAAUCCAAACCAAAAUGUAAACAUUAAUAAUAAUGAUGACAAAAAUAAUAAUAGUGACAAAAAUAAUAAUAGUGACAAAAAUAAUAAUAGUGACAAAAGCUAUAAUGAUGACAAAAGCAAUAAUGAUGACAAAAACAAUAAUGGUGACAAUAAUAAUAUUAAUUAUAAUCAUCAUUAUUGUAAUAAUCCAAAUGAACCAAAUUGGCUAUCUGCAAUAAGAAAGAACCCAGAAUUAAAAUACGAAAUCUUAACCAAAAUUUGUGAAAAAAUGCAGGCAGAAUUUCGAGAAAUGAACGUCUUAACUGAAGAUAAUAAAAUCGACUUAAACAGAAUCGAUGAUAUUAAAAAUGAUAAAGAUAAUUUGUUAUAUAAAAAAGUUUAUGCUAUGCGUGAUUAUUUUUAUAAAAUAUUUUAUGAUCAUUAUAAUCCAAAUUUAGAUAUAUAUGAAUUAGAAACCUAUGUAGAUGCAGAAUACAGAACAUUUUCUUAUAAAAAGGAUCUAGAUGUUUUAUUUAAAAACUGGGUUCUAAAUGAAAAAAAACAAUUACCAGUUGUACAUUUUGCUAAGAAGGAUGUUGAGCUAGCCAAAAUCAGAUACAUGUCAAAAACAAAAAGGAAAGAGUUAGAAUUUAAUGAGAGGUUUGAGGAACGACAUGGCAAAGGAAAGAUACCCUUUAGAAGAAAUUUUGAUGAAACAAAAGAAGAUGGACAAAAAGGUGAUGAUAAACCAAAUGGUGAUGAUAAACCAAAUGGUGAUGAUAAACCAAAUGGUGAUGAUAAACCAAAUGGUGAUGAUAAACCAAAUGGUGAUGAUAAACCAAAUGGUGAUGAUAAACCAAAUGGUGAUGAUAAACCAAAUGGUGAUGAUAAACCAAAUGGUGAUGAUAAACCAAAUGGUGAUGAUAAACCAAAUAGUGAUGAUAAACAAAGUAGUGAUGAUAAACGAAAUAGUGAUGAUAAACAAAAUAGUGAUGAUAAACAAAAUAGUGAUGAUAAACAAAAUAGUGAUGAUAAACAAAAUAGUGAUGAUAAACAAAAUAGUGAUGAUAAACAAAAUAGUGAUGAUAAUAAUGGAGGGAGUGAGUCCUCGUCGAAUAUUAUUACAAAAUCUCAAGAAGACGAUAAAACAAAGAGUAAAAAGAAAGUUAUCAUAAAAUCAAUAAAUUGUCUAAUAAAAUGGAAUAUAAGUAGCGAAAAUGAAUACAAGAAAAAUAAUGAUGAAAAUAUAUUGAAGGAUGAUGGCAUAAAUGUUGGAAAUGAUGAUAAUGACGAUAAUGAUGAUGAUGAUGAUGAUGAUGAUGAUGAUGAUGACAAUGUUGAUUUUAAUGAUAUAGAUAUUCCUAAUAAUGAUUUAGAUUCUUAUGGGUUUUGUGAUGAAAAUAUAGAUGUAUAUGAAGAUGAGGAUCCAACUUUUGAAGAUAUACAUUAUGCUAAACUGGUUAUCUAUGAUGAUAAUUAUGAUAAACAAGAAUUUAUAGAAACAUUAAUGAAAUAUAUAACAACAUGUGAUUAUAAAAGAGCAUACUCUAUAUAUAACUCAUUAAAAAUUAAAGGUAAAGUAGAUAAUCUAUACUUCAAAAAUUAUGAAAGAGCCGAAAAUAUAGCAUUUCUUUUACGACAAUCAGAACAAAAAAUUUUAGUUGAGGCAGAGUUUUUAUAG